ACUGCUUUUCUUGUACCUUUUUCAGCACCAAAUUCUCUUGGAAUACUUUUCUGUAAAAUAUUUUUUAUCGUGUAACAAAAGAAACCUUUAAAACAAUCGACUUGUAUCGUUUCGGAACUACGAGUACUUCCCCAAACGUCCCAUAACGUGUAGGUAUAUUUUCUUCCUUAAUUUUUUGUAAGCAACCAUAAUGAAAUUCUCGGCUUUCUCAUCUAGAAUGUUGAGUACCUAUGUCGCAUACGAUUGAGUAGGUACAUUUUUUUUCUAUAUUUCCCAGUCUUAGAUGUCUCAAAUUCUGAAAAUUCGAAAAAAAUGCAGCUGAAAUUCUUGACCGAACAAUAGAAAAAUUUUUUUUUUUAAUUUUAAGGAAUUUUGUGUUUAAAUAUCCAUUCCAAAUUUCGUCGGUUCCCUUUAUGAGGCAUUUCUUACAUACUUUCAGUAUAAUUUUAUCAUUAUUUGUCGUCAUUCGCGACUAAAUGAACCAUAUUUGCACAUAACGCAAUUAUAGUUACUUCGCAUGUAUUCUUUAUUUGCUAUUAAUUAAAUACUCCCUUAUGGGCAAUUUCUUGAGUUAUAUGCAACGUAAUAUUUGGUUCCGACUUCUAAUUAAGUAGGUAUGCAAAUAGGAGGUGUGAAAUAUUUGUAUAAGUAGAUAUGUAUUAGAAUGCAAUAUAGCAUAACAGAUAUAGAGAUAUGAGGUUGUUAAAAGCAAUCAACGCCGUAUCUUACUGUAAUUUAUUUUGGAACGGGGAUGAAUGGGUGUUGCCCCUGUUCUGUCCCAAUCCCAAUGUCAGCGAAAGUGUAACGGUGGCCCACGGCUAUACAUUUCAUAUAUAAAAACGAUCGCAUUGAACAUUUUAAUACAGAAUCAACUUUACAAUGGCAUUCAAAUUCAUCGUCCUUUGCGCCGCAUUGAUAGUCGGAACCCAAGCUGGUGGCCUGCUCUCCCCAGCAACUUACGCACCAGGUCCAGCCAUUGGCGUUGCAUACUCGGCCGCCCCUGCAGUGUCGCACUUUACCUAUUCUUCUCCACUAGUCAGCUACGGUACCCCCUACGCCGCAGCAGCACCAGCCAUUACCUCCCAAUCCUCCAACAUCCUACGAACCUAUGGAAAUUUGGGCCAAAUAUCCACGUACAGCAAGACCAUCGACACCCCAUUCUCGAGCGUCCAAAAAUCGGACGUCCGCGUCUCUAACCCGGGCCUAAAGAUCGCAGCGGCCCCGGCCCUCGCCUACGCCGCCGCACCGGUCGCCUACGCUGCCGCCCCUGCCGCUAUCUCCUACUCCGCCGCUCCCGCCGUAUCCCACUUCUCCUACUCAUCCCCAAUCGUCUCAUACGGCACACCCUACACCGCAGCACACGCGCCCGCUAUCACCUCCCAAUCCUCCAACAUCCUUCGCAGUUACGGAAAUUUAGGUCAGAUCUCCACGUACAGCAAGACCAUCGACACGCCGUUCUCUAGCGUCCAAAAAUCCGACGUUCGCGUAUCGAAUCCCGGAUUGAAAAUCGCCGCCGCCCCUGCCUUGGCGUACGCCGCCGCCCCAGCGGCCGUCACCUACUCUGCAGCCCCGGCCGUUUCUCACUUCACAUACGCCGGAAGUUACGGAUUGAACUACGGAUGGUAAAUUACGGACUGAAUUUGUUACCUAUAAGAUGUAUUUUAUUCACUACCUAUUUAUUUAUUUAUGUACAAAUUAUUUAAAUAAAUUCAUACCUAGC